GUUUAGGCUAGUCGGCUGCUGGAGGUUUUGAUCGUCUAGGAUUAAUUCAUCGAACUCAAGAUGCGAUACAUACUAGGAGCAUCGUUCGUCGGCACGUCUGUUGCAACGAUAACAAUAUUGACCCUGUAUCAUGUAUUCACCGGGAAAGGUGAAAGAGUCAGCGUCGCUUGGUUCUUGGAAGAAACGAGCCCCUAUAUGUGGACUUCCUUGGGUAUUGGAUUAGCUGUGGCUCUGUCUGUCGUGGGAGCUGCUUUAGGCAUUCAUACGACAGGAACAUCAAUUGUGGGUGGUGGUGUCAAGGCACCUCGCAUCAAAACCAAAAAUUUGAUCUCCGUCAUUUUUUGUGAGGCUGUUGCCAUUUAUGGACUCAUCACUGCGAUUGUACUCUCCCAAGGACUUGAGGACUUCUCCUGGCAGAAAGCAAUGGAUGAUCCUGAUAUAAGAGGCCACAAUUGGCUGUCUGGAUAUUUGAUGUUCGGUGCUGGUUUAGCAGUUGGCCUUGUCAAUCUUUUCUGUGGUAUAGCUGUAGGAAUCGUUGGGUCAGGAGCUGCACUCUCUGAUGCUGCCAAUUCAACCUUAUUCGUUAAAAUUCUUAUUGUGGAAAUUUUCGGCUCUGCAAUCGGCCUGUUUGGUCUGAUCGUCGGUAUUUAUAUGACUUCAAGAGUCAAAAUGGGCAACAAACCUUAAAUAUGUACGAGAAAAAAUGAAGGAGUUUAAUUCAUCUCAUCAAGUAGCUGAACUAGACUUGAUGCAUCACAUGAGUGUAACUACCAAAUAAAUCACAGAACGUUGAAAAGAAUAUUCCCUCUCACACUGAAUGAUGAAUUCCAAUGUCAGAAUGUCCAGAAUUGUUUCGCUAUUGUAUAGUCACAUGUUUUGCUCCAGUACUCUAACACUGAUGUAAAAAACGUUUGUUUGAACAAUUAUCAAUCAUAUUAUUGAUGUUUAGUUCUUAGAAUCAUUCGUACCUUGCAUACUUAUAUCAUCUUUCUGAGUCUUCUAUUCCCUUAUAAUGUAUUAAUAAUAAAUUAAUUGAAAAAAUUUCACAGAUUUCCGUCUCCAAAUAUACAUUGCACAAUUUGCGUUGGAGACUGACUAUGUAGAAAAAAAGGUCAUGCAUCGUAUGAGUUUAAUGUUAUGAAGAUAAUUGUAUAAGUAGACGCCGCUCAAUAAGACGGAAAUACAGAAAUAUAUAAUAAGUUAUCGAAAUUG